UUUGAAUGGAGCGUAUCGAACUGCCGGAUGAACCAGGAGAGGGGCUAGUUCCGAGGAAUCACUGGAUGAGAAUGAGCCACGACCAUGUUGAUCGCGUACGAUUGAGCAGGAGAGGCGACCAGACCAACCCACACUGCAUGCAGGGACCCGGACACCGUGCAUGCAUGGCAAUAUCCACUUGCAUCCGGACGAACCGUUGGCCUGGGUUGUGAAUGAUCGCAGUAGAGCCUGCCCGGAUCGAAAGCACUGUCACAUUGGUGAUAAGCUUCUUGUGAUGGUCGCGGCAGCGCGCAGAGGCAAAGCAUGGUGAGCUCGAGGGCAUAUAAGUUGCACGCCCCUGCCUUGUGCUUCCUUUCCUUCUCCACGAACCACCACGCACCAGCAUCUCUUACAGCUUCUCUUUAUCCACACGUGCACCAUCUUAUCUUACAAGCCGUCAAUCCCCACGCCAGCAACAUGUGCCACUACGACUGCAUCGUCUUCGAAUGCGGAGAUUGGAAGUGGGGCCCCUUCCGCAAGCACUGCCACAAGGAAUACCGCAUGGGCGAGACGUGCGGGAUGAAGCUGCUAGAGAACAACAUCAUGCAGCCAGGCAAGUGCACUAUCUGCCAAGCCAUCGAGCGGAAGGAGCGUCGAUACGAGAAGGCGGUGUCGGAUUACAAGCGCUUCUCUACCCAAUCCAACCGCACGGCUUCGGCGGCGAAGGCGAAGGCGGAGGCCGAGGAGAUUUGGGCCGAGAUGGAGAAGCUGAAGGCCGAUCGUGCGGCUCGCUACAUGAAUGUCGGCAGCAAUCGUCGGGCGAAUCCUGCGCCUGGGAGUUCUCGUGGUCGUGGUGCUGGGGGGUCGGUGGCGUCGUCCUCAUCGAGUGGAAGAGGUGGGUAUGGAGCGGGGGAGAGAGAACCACUGAGUGGCCCGUCGCAGGGUUAUGCGGUGAGCGGAGCGCCGCAGGGGUAUACCGUCAGUGUAGCUCCUGGAUACUCGGUCGGUGGAGCGACGCCGGGAUAUCCAGUGAGCGGAGCGCCAGGAUAUCCAGGAAGUGGUGCAACGUCUGGGUAUCCGGUCAGUGGGCAGAGUCAAGGAUAUGGAGCAGUUCCGGAGUACAUGUACCCUGGAGAGGAUCCAAGUUCGGGGAGCGCAGCUGGGGGAAGUUACUCCUUCAACGACGGAACAGGGGGAAGCUAUUACGGGACGAAUCACCAACAAGGGCGUUAAGGCAGGAAGGCGCAGACCAACACACAGCGCUUGGAAGGCGGCAUGAAACCAUCCCCUCGU